CUUCUCGAAGCCUUACAGUUUAGCCAGAGUCAUGCUAUCAGGAGCAAACAGACAUCUGCUUAUGCACAAAGAGACAUAUGCUGCUAGAAAGAUUAACAUGGGCAAGUUUUCCUUUCAGAGGUAACCUUGGUCUGGAAUAGGACACUCUGAGUCUGGGGUUUGGGGGAUGUCAGUGAAGUUACGUUUUGAUUGGCCAGCAAAAGAUGGCAUGGUGCAGAGGAGUUGCUCCUUCACUGGAGUUAACACUCUGACCAACAGACAUAGGUUAUCUUAUGCUCGUACUUCUCUUCGCACCAAAGGCCUGACAGGAAAAUCUACAAGAAUCCUUUCUUCUACUCAGGUGGUUGGCAGUAUUUGGGGACAGCAGCCUGAGCAGGUGGACAGAGUAUUUCAGGUUUUACAGAAGGGGCUCAAGGAGUAUCUUGAAGGUCACAAAACAGAGCUGGAAUUCCUCUUAUCCCAGCAAAGAGACUCUACAAGGAAUUCAAGACUGGCUUUUUUCUAUGACUUAGAGAAGGAUAUAAGAGCCUUGGAAAGAUACAUACGGAGACUGGAGUUUCAAAUUAGUAAGGUGGAAGGGUUAUAUGAGACAUAUUGUAUCCAGUGGAGAUUAUGUCAAGGAGCUAUUAAUAUGAAACGAGCAUUUUCACUCUCGCCAUCUUCACGGGAAUCACGAGAGAGUCUGCUGGAGCUGAACCGCAACCACAGACAAAUCUUAGAGAAUAUGUGUUCUAUGGAAGGAGAAUUGGAUAUCCUACUGGGAGAGUUGCAAAUAAAAAUGAAAGGUUUGAUUGGUUUUGCUCGUCUCUGUCCAGGGGAUCAAUAUGAGGUAUUAAUACGACUGGGACAACAGCGAUGGAGAAUCAGAGGGCGGAUCCAGACUGAUGACCAACAGCUAUGGAAUGAAGAGCAAAUGGUUUUCCUCCCUCAUAUCCAUGAGAGCUUUGAGAUCAAGGUAACAGAGGUGAAGAACCUGAGCUCCAACUUAGUUGGAAUGGUGACAUGUAAAUGUGCAGACUUCUACAGUGCACAUCCACAAAUGAUGAUUGUUGACAUUACGGAACUGGCAACCAUCAAACUCCAACUGGAAGUGGUCUGGAAUCCUUUUGACAGUGGCAUGGUAAAGUAUCUCAUGUCAUCUGCCAGUCGACAGUCUACAAACAGCAGGAAAAUACCGUCUAUGCUGCACCAGUUUCAAAACACAGAUGGCUCUUUCUCCAUUGGCUCACAUGAAUCCCGGGGUGUGUUUCUGCUUAAUUACCUGACUGAAUCUGCCCAGGCAGUCUCUCCUUUGGUCUAUGAAAGGGCCAGUCAUCCUCCAAUCUUCCCUGACAUUUCCAUGGAUUGUCAGUCAGUGUACGAUGACUGUUUACAGACACCCCUUCCAAAGGGUGAUAAAAUUGGGAAAAUGUCUUCAGAGCCCAAGAACGGCUCUCCUGUUCGAGGUGACAGCAAGCGGGACUCUUUAACUAUUUUUCCAUGUUACAGCACUCCUGACAUUCUUCCAAAAAAUGGUGUGGUGGCCACCAAUCAGGAAUUGGAACCAGAGAAGGCAAAAGUGGCUACAAAUAAUCACACAGACAAAGUUGAAAAAGGGGUAGAAGAAAAGCAAAAGGUCCUAGUGAUGGGUGUAGGGAAUUCCCAAAAAAGAGCAGUGGCCAUGAAGGUUGGACUGUUGCAAGCACAGAUUACUACUAUCUUACAGGAGAUGAGUUUUAUCAAGGAGAUAAAGCAUCUAAAUCUACAAAUACAACAGCUUAACAAGGUCUUAAAGAGGAACAUCUACAUUCUUAAGACAUCCUCUAGAGAGGCACUAGAUGUUGAGGAAGAGGAAGUUCUGGGCAGUUUUGACUUUUUGUCCUUUGAUUUCAACACAGAAGACACCAAUUCCUGCAUGAGUAGCAGCAGGCUCAUGGACACUAGGUUCAAAGGGAACACACUGACAAGUCGAGAGGUUAUUUCAGAACUGUCGACAGAACAGCAACAUACAGGAUACAUGGCCAAAAGAACAGACAGUGAGGACAGAUGUCCACUCAGCACUGGGGAAUACAGUCUGGAUCUAACCUUGGAGAUCCACCUCAGCAUCUGUAUUGCACUACUGAGAGAACUGAGGGGGACUAAUUUGGAGUACAUGCAACUGUACAUCCUGAAAGAAAUAUCACAUCAAACUGAUGUACUUAAAAGAAUUGCUUCUUUUACACAAAGCAAGACUCCUGAUAUAUCAUCAACAGAAUUGUGGUCUGGGGCACCGAAGCUGAGAAAUGUUAUGAUGUUGUGGGAUGAAUGCUGUGAAUGUCCUCCAGCAUUUUGUUGCACUGCUGACUCAUUUCUCAGGAUACUACGCAAGCGGUUCAUUCACAAUGUGAAAGCCAAAUUGCCAGGCCAGGCUGAUACAGUCUUUGCUCGGUUAUUGCAGCAGGUCCAGUCCCCCUCAGUAAUGGUCCCACUCUCAGCAUUUACAAUAGACCUAGUGUCUAUAUUUCAGUUACAUGUGUACCUCAAGCGUUGGAAGGUCACCAACUUUGCAGAGCAUAUCUCUCAAAUAUCCAGAGAAGUGUAUUUGGUAUCAUGUCUAGAGACCCCGAAGAGGAGGAAGGUCCUCAAGAAGCUGAAGGGAAGGAUGAUCACAGAACUGCAACCAAUGGGGCAAACACUACAUCUCUUGGCCAAGUUACUUACAGAUAAUAGUCAGAAGGUUGCGUUUUCAGCUGCUUCCUGCCUCUCUAGGGCCUCAGUCUGUAAAUCCUUCAAGUUAAAGGCCGUGGUCCACUAUACAUGGCUGUUGAAAGACAAUGACAUUCAAGUGCAGCAGCAGGCAUGUUUGGCACUAAAAUGCUUAAAGGCUGUUGAAAGUGCUGAGCAAGUGGCUGAACUGUGGCACUCCACAGAUGAAGAGUUAAGGAAUGCAGCCAGAGAGACCAUUCUUUCAUUUGGGACAAAAGGUCACAAAGCUUUCCAGAGAAUGGACCAGAUACGAGCUGAGCUACAAGAGGAAGUUUAUAAAAACCUAAAAACAGAAAUAACAAUCUUCUAGUGAUCACACUAAUUCAGCUAAUUCUUUUGCUACUGUUCAGAAAAUAUAAGGAGACAAAAAACUAGUAGAAUCCCUCACAGAAGCAACUCCAGAAAAGAAACCUAAAACUAAGCUUGCAUGCAGAAAUUUAUGUAUUGAUGUAAAGCAAAAUGAAGUAUGUAGUCAUAUAGCAGGACACUACUUAAUAUUGCCUUUAAAUAUUAUUUAGCUAACCAUUUGAAAUAUUAUAAACUGUGUGAUCCAUGUUUAAUCAGUUUUGAUCUAUAUUUAAUCAACAUUGCUUACAUUAUUAAAUUCAAUAAUUGCAAAUGUGUAAAAACAACAAAAAAAAAACAAACAAA